GUCGCGUUUAGCACUCGGUGGCGUUGAUUACAUACGCAUCGAUAUGUUUGGAGUUAUAUUCACACGGUAAGCUCUCUCUCUCUUCUAUCCCUGAGCGGAUAUGGCCCGACGAAAACGCCAACUGCUGGAAGACGACUCGGACUCUUCUUCUGUCUCUGACGCUGACGAUUUCAACGAGACCACUUUCGACGAUAGUAAUCCUGAUGCCCGCGAAGAGCGAGAGCUCUUCGAGAACCCGUACAAGCGCCAGCGGCGCCGUAGAGAUGGCAAAGAGGACGCUAUCUACGGAGUUUUUGCGAGUGACGAUGAAGGGGAAGAAAGUCUUGGAAGAAGAAAGGGAGGGAAACCCGAACGACGGAGGGAUUGGGCGAAGGCACCGGCCUUCGUGUCGGGGGAGAAGGUCGACAUGGACAAAACUACCAAUGUUGAUGCCAAGAUGAAGGACGAAGGUGAAGAGGAUGAGCACGGUGAUGAGGUAGAGAAUGAGCUGGGCGGUGCUGAGGAGGACAUGGAAGAGGAAGAGGAAGAGGAAGAGCCUUUGAAACCACCAUCACCGAGAGUGCGCGAGGAGGAAGAGGAAGAAGAGGAGCAGAUACCUAGGUUCGGAGGCUUGGGCUUAGGUGCGUCCGCCUCACAGGCAGGAGGUACAUUUGCAGGCUUCAGUAAAGGUGGCAUUGGCUCCUCGUCCCGCCCAUCAGCAACGUUUGCAUCUCCCUCACCUUCCCCAGCACCCAUGUCUACGGAGGAUCUCCCCACUGCCUUCCGGGCUGCACGUACGCAGCGGUCGUUUCUACGGAACCCCAGUAGUCGAGCGAGCGCGCCAAAGCCUGUACCUCUCAAGGCAAGCGAUCUGCAGCAUUUCAAUAAGCUGGAGGGCUCGUUUGGUGCCCGAAUGCUGGCAAAGAUGGGAUGGCAAGCUGGCACUGGGCUUGGCACGGCAGGAGGGGGUAUCGUCACGCCAGUUGAAAGCAAGCUACGUCCGAAGAGCAUGGGCCUCGCCUUCAAGGGCUUCAAGGAGAAGACUGAGCAGGCGAAGGCAGAGGCGCGGCGGAGAGGAGAGGCGGUCAGUGACGAAGAGGAAGAAGCCAGGGUCGCGGCUAGGAAGGGACGUAAAGCUGGGAAGACGCGCGAAGAAAGGGAGGAGGCAUGGAAGAAGCCGAAGAAAGUGAAGACGCGGAUUGAACAUAAGACCUAUGAGGAGAUCGUCGCGGAGGCGGGUCAAGAGGUCCCGCAAGCUGGAAUUGGACAGAUCAUUGAUGCAACCGGUGCUACGCCGCGCGAAGUAUCUUCUCUCGCCGAUGUCUCUAUAGCUUCGUGGACACCAACUGCAGACACCACACGGCUGCCUGAGGUGCGGCAUAACCUCCGUCUCAUCACAGAGGCAUGCAAGGGUGACCUCGAGGGGCUUGCGCGUGAAGCCAGAGCAUUGGAGGAGCGCAAGAAGUGGAUACGCGAAGAGGACGCCCGGUUACGCAGGAGGGUGGAGGAGGAAGCCGAACUCAUCGCGCGUCUCCAGCAAGUACACCUUGUCGUGGACGACAUCAAUACUCAGGCGAGGGAAAUGUCAUCUUCAUAUGAGGCUUUGCUGGAGUCGUUCUCCCCGAAUUUUGAGAAGCUUCUUGGCCAGUACCCCAAGGAGUUUGACAUUUAUCGCUUAGACGAAGUAAUUGUUGCAGCCAUUGCACCAGUGAUGCGGCGAAUGAUUUCUCAAUGGCAUCCUCUAAAAGAGCCCGACGUGUUCACGCCGUCACUACGCUUGUGGAGGCGUGCUUUGAAAAUGGUGGUGUCAAAUGAGACCCCUCGAGAUCAGAUCCAAGUGUAUGGCUCAAGCACGAUGAUCACUUCCGCGCCUGUAGUUGAGAAACCGAUGACGCCGUACGAGAGUCUGCUCUGGAAUGCCUGGCUGCCAAAGGUGCGAUCGUCGAUCAAUAACGACUGGUCGCCAGACGAUCCACUACCGGCCGUACGAUUGUACGAAGCAUGGUCAGCCUUUCUACCUCCCUUCAUUCGCGACAACUUCUUCGACCAGCUCGUCCUCCCAAAGGUAUCAAAAGCUGUCGGCGACUGGAACCCGCGCCAUAGCAAGGUUCCAUUGCAGAGACUAGUAUUCCCAUGGCUGCCACACAUCGGACUCAGGUUGGAAGAGGUGCUCGGUGAUGCUCGUCGGAAGGUGAAGAGCUUAUUGAGGAGUUGGGCCGUGGCGGAGGGCAUGCCGGAAGACCUCACGGUGUGGCGAGAUGUAUUCGACGUGGGCGAUUGGGACGCAAUGUUACUCAAAUAUGUUGUACCAAAGCUGGGAAGCAGACUGCGCGAGGACUUCCGCGUUAAUCCACGCAACCAAGACAUGGCGCCUCUGCAAGACGUCAUGAUGUGGGAGAGCCUCCUAAGCCCAUCCAUCCUCUCCCGUAUCCUCGAAACGGAGUUCUUCCCGAAGUGGCUCGACGUGCUGCAUAUCUGGCUCAUCCAGCCGAGCCCGAGCUUCGAGGAGGUCGCGCAGUGGUACUCAUUUUGGAAGGGAACAUUUUCGGAGAAUGUGCAGAGCAUGCCUAACGUUGCUCAGGGCUUCACGCGCGGAUUGCAGUUGAUGAAUAAGGCCAUUGAGCUCGGUCCUGAAGCUCCCACCCGCCUGCCUCGACCAGACCAUCACGCACUCACUACUGCUCCUGCGACGGCGGGUACGAAGCAGAAGCUGCAGAAGGUUCGUCCUGCCCGAACGCAGGAGAUCACCUUCCGCUCGAUCGUGGAGGAAUAUGCGUCUUCGCACAAUCUGCUGUUCAUGCCUGCCGGCCGCGUCGAUGAGAAGUCGCGCAUGGCGCUAUUCCGUGUCUCCCAGACUGUCGAUGGGAAAGGUGGACUGUUGGUGUACAUUUUGGACGAUGCUGUGUGGGCUCCAGAUGGAGACGAGUACAGAGCGAUUUCACUAGAGACGAUGGUGUCCAGGGCUAUCAAGCAAAAGUAAACCCCCCAAAUAUACCCUACUCAGUAGUUCUGUACUCAUAGUUGCAUGCUGUUUUGAUAUAUUGUUGUGGUCAAGAUGCAAUUUCGAUAUCGUUAACAUAUUAAUCAAUGGCUUAC